AUGGCGGAACUUGGUGGAGUUAUUCCGACGAUAGACUUGGAAGAGGUUUCUGAUAAGAUUCUGAAUCAGAAAAUCCGUGAAGCUAGUGAGAGAUGGGGUUGUUUCAGGGUGAUUAACCAUGGAGUUUCAUUGUCUUUGAUGUCUGAGAUGAAGAAGACAGUGAUGGAUCUCUUUGAACGUCCUUACGAGGUGAAACUGCGUAACACCGAUGUGCUACUAGGAAGUGGCUACAGAGCUCCUAAUGAAAUCAAUCCUUAUUAUGAAGCAUUGGGUCUUUAUGAUAUGGCCUCUCCUCAAGCUGUCAAUACCUUUUGUGACCAACUCGAAGCUUCUACGGAUCAAAGGGAGACUAUGGUUAAGUAUGCGGAAGCUAUGGAUGGACUCGCAAAGGAUUUAGCGAGGAGAUUAGCUGAGAGUUACGGGCUGGUUGAUACCGAGUUUUUCAGAGGAUGGCCGAGCCAGUUUCGGAUCAACAAAUAUCAUUUUAAACCCGAGGCAGUUGGGAAACUCGGUGUGCAAUUACACACGGAUUCUGGUUUCUUGACGAUUCUUCAAGAUGAUGAAAAUGUUGGUGGACUUGAAGCCAUGGACCUUUCUUCAGGAACCUUUUUCCCCAUAAACCCGAUGCCAAACACGCUUGCUAUCAACCUCGGGGACAUGGCUACAAUAUGGAGCAACGGAAGAUUAUGCAAUGUUAAGCAUAGAGUGCAAUGCAAUGAAGCAAUAAAGAGGUUUUCCAUYGCCUCGUUCUUAUUAGGACCAAUGGAUAYAGAAUUGGAACCUCCAAGUGAGUUUGUGGAUGCUGAACAUCCGAGACUAUACAAGCCUAUUAGUCACCAAGGGAUCAUUCUGAAGUAUGCAAAAGCUAUUGAUGGACUUGCAAAGGAUCUAGCAAGGAGGUUAGCAGAGAGUUACGGGCUGGUCGAGACCCAUUCAUUCAAUGGAUGGCCGAGCCAGUUUCGGAUGAACAACUAUCAAUAUAAACCCGAAACAGUCGGGAAACUCGGUGUGGGAUUACACACAGAUUCCGCAUUCUUGACGAUUCUUCAAGAUGACGAAAAUGUUGGUGGACUUGAAGCCAUGGAUAGUUCUACAAGAACGUUCUUUCCUAUAAACCCAUUGCCAAACUCGCUGCUUAUUAAUUUCGGUGACACAGCGACAAUAUGGAGCAAUGGGAGGUUGUGCAAUGUGAAGCAUAGAGUUCAAUGCAAAGAAGCGACAACAAGGUUUUCUAUCGCCUCGUUCUUAUUAGGACCAAUUGAUAUAGAUAUUGAGGUUCCAAGUGAGUUUGUGGAUGCUGAACACCCGCGUCUAUACAAGCCUAUCAGCUACGAAGAACUACGAAAACUUAGAAUCACUGUGGAUUUGCAUGAUGGGGAAGCUCUCAAGCUUAUAACAAAUGAAGGAAUCUUAUCGCAGUAA